AUGCAGCUGUCAUUCUGUAAGCUGCGCACACACCAGUGGUGCUUUCUGCUCUUCAAUGUGCUGUUGUUCCAUGCCCUGCUCUUUGGUGCGGACUUCGUGGAAGAGUACCUCCUGCAGCCUUUCCCGGGGACCUACACGGAUGUGAAGGUGCUGGAAGUCAGGGAGAGGGCGCGAAAGCUGGACCUGACCAUGGCAAGGGCCAACAUCUCCCGGCAUUACAGUAUCAGCAGUGCUGAGGCCUGCUCCGGCCAGGACGUCUUCCUGCUUGUGCUCAUCUUCAGCGCCCCCGAGCACACCACCCGCCGGGAGCUCGUCCGCAGCACAUGGGCCAACCGCACUCGUGUGCAGGGCUUUGCCAUCCAGACGCUGUUCGUGCUGGGCUCCCCCCGCUCCCUCAGUAUCCAGACUGCUGUUCUGAGGGAAGCUGAGCUCCAUGGUGAUAUCAUCCAGGGGCACACCAUUGAGUCACCCGCCAACCUGACCCCAAAGACCAUCUUGGCCAUGCAGUGGGUGGUGACAUACUGCCCUUUCGCACGGUUCAUCCUACAGGCUAAUGAGACGGCGUUUGUGAACACUUUGGCUCUCGGAGAGUACCUGCUCACACUCCGGCGCCACCCGGAGGACCUGUACCUUGGCCGGGUGGUGCACCAGGAGGCGCCCAACAGGGACCCCAGCAGCCCUCACUUCCUGUCCUCCAGCCAGUACCCCGACAAGUACCUCCCAGACUACUGCAUGGGCUCGGCCUUCGUGCUCUCCCAGGACGUGGCGCGGAAGGUGUACGUGGCAUCCGUGGAGUUGCUUGCCCCACUGCCCUAUGAUGUCUUCACGGGGCUCUGUGCCCGCAAGGCAGGCGUGGUGCCCACCCACAGUGCCCGCUUCUCUGGGGGCCGCCACAUCCGCUACAACACCUGCUGCUACCGCUUCAUCUUCAGCUCAGCCGACGUGGGGGAGGACCAGCUGCCCUCCAUCUGGCAGGACCUGCGGGAGGGGAGCAGCUGCACCCUGCUGGAGACCUACUACGGCCUGGUGGCCUGCAAGGCCCUCACGUACCUGGACAAGUUCUCCUUCUUCAGCACGGGCUCCAUCAAUGACGCCGACUCCCAUGGCUAG